CGCGGAAGUUUCCUUACCGCGGUGACGCUCGUAUAACACGUUGAGCUAAGUUUUCACUCAGCGACAGUCUAUUUUAAGUCAUAUAUUCGUGUUUAUUGUUCUUUUUCUUCAUAGGGUGGUGUUUGACCGCAGCGUUCGCGGUAGCUGUCUCGCGUGACGUCACAGGACAUGCUGGUUUAUAAUCUGCUCCAUCUGUGGCAGAUAGGAAGGAAGGAAGUAGGGAAGCACUUGCACUUGCACUUGCACUGACAAAGCCGAGUCAGAUAGUUAUUGCCUGAAUCUUUUUUUUAUAUAUAUUAAAAAUGAAGUCUUCGUUGCCAUUUCUGCUCUAUGCCAGCUCUUUAUGCUGGCUGGCCGGUGCCACUCUCUCUAAAACGGAUGCAAGGAAGGUGCAGACAGUUGAAGCUCAGAGCUCUCCAGCUGAAUUGUCUGUGCUGGACAGAGGCCUUGUUGUGGCAGAUGUGCAGUGGAAGGACAUAGUGAAGGAAGAAAAGAGAUACUGUGCUCACGUCAAGAAGACAUUUGAAGGACCAGUGCUGGGAUACAUCACGCCUUGGAAUCCCCACGGCUACGAUAUUGCCAAGCAGUUUGGCCCCAAGCUGUCGUCGGUGUCUCCGGUUUGGCUUCAGCUCCGCCGACGAGCUCCUGGCACGUUUGACGUUACGGGACUCCACGACCACGACGCUGGCUGGGUCAAAGCUGUACGCAAGUCAAACAAAAAGGUCAGGAUGGUGCCCCGAGUGCUAUUUGACGGCUGGUCCUACCAGGAUUACGUGAGCGUGUUCGGGAGUGAAGAUGAAAUCGAGGAGCUGUCAGGUGAACUGGUGGAUGUUGCAAAGACUGAAGGAUUCAACGGAUUUACCCUGGAGCUUUGGAGUCAGUUGGGCGGAAACAAAAGAAAGGAGCUUGUUCACUUGGUGAAACACAUAUGUGAGACUUUAAAAGCUAAAAAGUUAGACUGCGUACUAGUUAUUCCCCCAGCUGUGACAAGUACAGGGCAGCCAGGGAUGUUUGGCAGGGAGGAGUUUGAGGAGUUGGCCCCGGUGGUUGACGGAUUCAGCCUCAUGACUUACGACUACACCAGUGGACCCAGAUCGGGCCCAAGCUCGCCCCUGCCCUGGGUCAAAGACUGUGUUCUGCAGCUGGCACCGAACACUCAGUGGAGACAAAAGAUCCUGCUUGGAGUCAAUCUGUACGGCCUUGACUUCUCGAGCCACGGGACAGAGCCGGUCCUGGGUGGGAGGUACAUUGAGAUCUUGCGAGAACACAGACCAAAGAUUCUCUGGGAUGAAUACUCUGCAGAGCAUUACUUCAGUUACAAAAGAAGCACUGCUGUAAAGCAUGUGGUAUACUAUCCUUCACUCAAGUCAAUCCACAUGAGGAUUUCUUUGGCUGCCGAACUGGGAACAGGAAUUUCUUUAUGGGAAAUGGGACAAGGACUGGAUUAUUUCUACGAUCUCCUAUAAGCGUUGGACUUUUUGAUAAAGGAAAUGGUGAAAUGUUGUUUUUGCGGUGUGCAUUUUUUUCCCCCCUCUUUGAACUGAGAAGAAAAGCACAGGACAGAAAUAUAAAGUCUGAAAAAUAAUGGGCAGGGUGGAGGAUGAUGAAAAUGUGGACUUGUUCUCUGUCAGAGAAUGGAGAUAAUUCGUUGUCUGAAAGAAAAAGCUCUUGAAGCAAA